GGUUGGGUGAGUAAUUGGAGGGUUGCACUUAAGUAAAGUAAUCUUUAGUUGCACUUUCAUCAAUUUAAUUAUCAGCUAGUUAAACAGAAGCUGCUAAGUACAGUGGAAGUUUGCUUUUCAUGAUCGGUUUAGCAUUCAGACCUAAUAGGGGAGGUGUGUUCCGCCUUGGGCCGGUGUAGCCAGUCGCCGUACCUGCGUUAGAUCGUGCCGCCAUGCCCGCCGCCGCCGAGACUGAGCCGGCGCCGCCGUCCAUGUUCGAGGAGGGCUCGGUGGAUGACCCCGACUGGGUGCCGUACGGCGAGCGGCCCGACUGGCAGGACGUGCAGCCGGUGCCGCAGGACGACGGACCAGAGCCCGUGGUGCGCAUCCUCUACUCGGAGCGCUUCACAGACGUGUACGACCGGUUCCGCGCGCUGCUCGCCUCGGGCGAGGUGUCGGAGCGCGCGCUGCGCCUCACCUCGGCGGCGCUGGAGCUGAACCCGGCCAACUACAGCGUGUGGCACCACCGGCGUCACCUACUGCAGGCCCUCGACUGCCCGCUGGAGCGCGAGCUCGAUUUCACCCGCCAGAUGAUCGAGGACCACCCGAAGAACUACCAGGUGUGGCACCACCGGCGCGUGCUGGUGGAGCGUCGCGGCCAGCCGGGCGACGAGCGCCGCCUCACCGAGAUCGUGCUCUCGCAGGACCCGAAGAACUUUCACGCCUGGCAGUACCGGCAGUGGGCCGUGCGCCGGUUCGACCUGUUCGACGGGGAGCUAGAGUUUGCCGAGCGGCUGCUCGAGGAGGACGUGCGCAACAACUCGGCCUGGAACCAGCGCUACUUUGUCUGUAACAACACCACCGGCUUCACGGCCGAGGUGGUGGCGCGCGAGGUCUCCUUCUGUCUGCAGGCGCUGCGCAAGGUGAAGCAGAACGAGUCGGCGUGGAACUACCUGCGUGGUGUCCUGUUCCAGUCGUCCGCCGGCCUGUCGGGACACGCCGAGCUCACAGAGUUCUGUGACGGCCUGCUGGAGGCCGGCUGCCGCGCGCCGCAGCUGCUCGCGUUUGUGGUGGAUGCCAGCGCCGAGCGCGCGGCCGCUGGGGACAAGGAGGCGCUUCAGAGAGCACUCAGACUGUGUGACGAGCUGGCCGCUGAACAUGACACGAUUCGCGCCCAGUACUGGCUCUACCGGCGCCGCGCUCUCGCCAAAAAGCAUAACAUCAAGUGAAGGGCGUCCGCUGAACCGAAGGCAAUGCUGGGAAGAAAUGUGUAAGGAGCGGUUGCUGUCACAAGGUUAAGGGAUUCCUCGGCUCUCCCCCAAGCGACGCGGUGAUUCGUUCUCACAGUAUGCCCGGGAACGACGGCAUUGGAGAACGUGAAUGAUACUGCAGAAUGGAACAGCGAACCUUCGAGAGGCCUGUGUCAGUUGCGAUGGCGUUUGCCUUGACUGCAACUUGCGCUUAUGCUGCGUGUUUACGUGUGUGGACGGCACGCAGAGAAAUUGCGCACUGCUUGUUCCUGGUUGGUCUACUUACGAUACGACUGCCGAGACAUUUCACUCAGUGUGCUGGAGGUUCUCUGUUCCGACAGCCGGAAUUCGUGUCAUAGUUAGCUCGGUGGAUAUGCUGGGUGUACAAACUACAAUGCUGGUGACAAGUUGAUGAGUACUGUAAUGGCUAUCGUUAUGAAAUGUGUAGAAUUGCUUUGUGAUACAGGAGUCCUCUUGACUAUUGCUAUUCUUUGAAAAGUGUAGGACCAGUUUUGCCCGUUUGUCUCUAACACGGUGUUGGUUUGCGAUGCAUUAUUGUUGCAUCGGUAGCUUUUGGUUUAUCUCUGUCGUGUUUUACCAGACAGCCGCUCCACAUCUUCUUCGUGCUAAUAAAUGGCUUUAUCAACAACAAAA